GGGACAGCUGGGGGCAGAGAGAGAGAGAAAGAGAGAUAGAGAGAGAGACAAGCAGGGAAAGAGGAGAGAGAGGGGAACAGGGGGCUGUAGUCCAAAUAACACAUCCCACCCCUCCCUGUCUCGGUCCGCUUUCUGCGGGGCAGGUUAAUCUGCAGCAGCAGUCUGUGAUACUGACGGCUGGAGGGGAGAGUUACAGAGCUACCUACCCGAACAAGCGCGGAGGGACCACGGCAGAGGAUCCAGAGAGUGGACGGCUGACUCGUCUUCUUGGUUCUUGUCAGCUUCUCCGUGCGUGUGUGUGUGAGAGAGUGAGUGUGUGUGUGUAUGAGUGAGUGAGAGAAAAAGAGUGUGUUUGUUGCUCACGAUGGGAAACGCUGCGGCCGCCAAAAAGGGCAACGAGCUGGAGAGCGUAAAAGAGUUUUUAGCCAAAGCCAAAGAAGAUUUCCUCAGAAAAUGGGAAUGUCCACCACAGAGCACCACUACUCUAGAUGACUUUGAGAGACUGAAGACUCUCGGCACAGGCUCUUUCGGCAGGGUCAUGUUGGUAAAACACAAAGGAACAGAGCAGUUCUUCGCCAUGAAAGUCCUGGAUAAACAAAAGGUGGUAAAAUUGAAGCAAAUAGAACACACACUAAACGAGAAGAGAAUACUACAGGCAGUAUCGUUCCCCUUCCUCGUCAGACUGGAAUAUUCCUUCAAGGAUAAUUCCAAUUUGUAUAUGGUGAUGGAGUAUGUACCGGGUGGUGAGAUGUUUUCACAUCUAAGAAGAAUCGGCAGGUUCAGUGAACCACAUGCGCGGUUUUACGCAGCACAGAUAGUCCUGACCUUUGAGUACCUCCACUCGCUAGACCUCAUCUACAGAGACUUGAAGCCUGAGAACCUGCUGAUCGAUCAGCACGGAUACAUCCAGGUCACUGACUUUGGGUUUGCAAAAAGAGUGAAGGGCAGAACCUGGACGUUGUGUGGAACCCCAGAGUACCUGGCACCAGAAAUCAUUCUUAGCAAGGGGUACAACAAAGCUGUGGACUGGUGGGCACUGGGGGUGCUCAUAUAUGAAAUGGCUGCUGGGUAUCCUCCAUUCUUCGCAGACCAGCCCAUUCAGAUCUAUGAGAAGAUUGUGUCUGGAAAGGUACGAUUUCCAUCCCACUUUAGUUCCGAUUUGAAAGACCUGCUGAGGAAUUUGCUUCAAGUCGAUCUGACGAAGCGGUACGGCAACCUCAAGAACGGCGUCAAUGACAUUAAAAACCACAAAUGGUUUGCAACAACAGACUGGAUUGCCAUCUACGAGAGGAAGGUGGAAGCUCCAUUCAUACCAAAGUGCAGAGGCCCCGGAGAUACGAGCAACUUCGACGACUACGAGGAGGAGGACAUCCGCGUAUCUGUUACAGAAAAAUGCGCGAAAGAAUUCACGGAGUUUUAGUAGUGUGGACAUAUCAGAGCUAUACGUAUACGUAUAUAUACGUAUAUAUAUAUAUAUAUAAUACGAGUGUGGGACUGUGUGCGUGUGGAUGCGUGUGUGGGUGUGAGUGUGUGGGUGUGGGUGUGGGUGUGUAUAUAUCACACAACAGACAAAAUAAGGAGGGGAUCUUUGCACUCUGAAGACACAGAGACGGAGCAGAGACCACAUCACCAAACAAAGUUCCUGCAUAGUUCCUUCAUUCCAUCUGCUCAACCGGGCCCUCGUGCUUCGACAGCGCUUUUCUCGUUACGCCACGCAACACUCGUCCUGCAUUUUACUCGUUUUCUCUUCUGUUGUUUUACUUUGACAACGUUGGGCAUUUGUUGUCUCGGAUGUCAUUUCCCGUGUUUUUGUUAAGGUCAAAAAAAAAAAAAAAGGGAAAGUUUUUGGACUGUGUUUUUAAGCAUAGAAUUUAAGCAAGAAAUUCAAAGGCCAACUUAACUAUGUAACGUGUCAACGUAGUAGGGCUGGUCAGCCGUGACGCUGGCAGUGUCACAUGGCUGCGAUUUGGAUGGAUAGAUGUUGCCUCUAGCACUCAACAGUUCUGUCUGUUACAUGUGUUUUUAUUGUUUUGUCGUGUUGUUGUUUUUGUUCCUGUUCCUUUUGAGUUCUGACCUGUUCUCUUACCUCAGUCUAGACCUCUGACCACUGUUUUGCCAGCUUCUGGAGGUACUGCUCGUUUUCUAUUCUAUUUGUUCCUUUUAUGCUGUCAGGUUUUAAAGAGGUUUACUUCAGACAGUGGGAGAUUUUCAGAUCUGACCAAAACUAUAGAGCUGUGGGUGGCAGUGGGAGGUGGAAAAGUUAUGUAGGCCUGUCAUGAUAACACACAAAUCAAACAUAUAUUAUAUAAUUAUGACUACCUUCUUGGUUUUUUACAGCUCCCAUGAUCAUAUAGGACACUUUAUACACCUCUUUUUAACCUGUUCUUCAAUACGCAGGACCCUACAGUAGAGAAAAACACCACAGAUCAGCUAUUACUAUUAUUAAUUGUGUAUUGUGCAUUGAUUUUUCUCAGCACUGCAGUGAUUAGCACUGAUUAGCAUGGUGAAGGUGGUGUAUGAGGUGUUAGUAGUGUGUGUUGUGCUGAUGGUACAGUGAGUGGAUCAGGUACAGCAGCAGUGCUGCUUGAGUUUUUAAACAUUCUGUUCACACACUUGCCUACAGCUGCUCCACCUUCUAGAUAAAGUAAAGUCAGAGACAGAAGCUCUGAAGCUGUUGCUACACAGUUUACAGUGUUGGUUUUUAUCUAGUGGUUCAUCAGUGUUCACAAGAAGAUGACUGCAUUGAGAUGUUUAAAAACUCCAGCAGCACUGCUGCAUCUGAUUUACUCACUGUACCAACACAACACGCACUACUAAUGCCUCAUACACUACCACCACCAUGCUAAUCAGCGCUAAUCACUGCAGUGCUGAGAAUAAUAAUGACCCACCACCCAAAUAAUAAUAAUAAUAAUACUAAUAAUAAUAGCUGCUCUGUGGUGGUUUUCUUUUGUGUGGGUUCUGAGUAUUAAAUAACAGAAAUACAGUCUGUAAUUAUUAUAGAACUACAAAGUGUCCUGUUUGAUUAGUGGAGCUGAUAAGAUGGAUAAUAGGUGUAGAAACAAGUUGUGGUCAUAAUGGUAUGCUUAAUUGUUCUAUAUUGUUGAAAGUAAUUGAGCUAAACUAUAUUGUUGGAAUUUUCAGACUACCAUAUGCCACUGAUAUAUGGAUAUUAUAUCAUAACAUUGCAAUAGAACUAUUUAUUAAUAAUUCUUAAUAGAUUUGGAGAUCUUCCAGAUUUUAAGUUAAAAGUUAAAGCUGGCUCAAUUUCUGUUUGUGUUCAUUCUUCAACAAACACAGCAAACACACAAGUAAAGGUAAUGGACCAUAUUACAGUAUGCAAUAUGUUUUGAGGUAAUUUCCAUGUAAUAAUACAUUGAUAAGUCAGUAAUUGUGAUUAUCGUGGCAGGUCUACUUCCAUGUUUGCCUUAGAAAGCCAAACACUACUGAGCCAACAUAAUUAGAGAUACCCUGUUAUAUUGGAGUCAUAUAAGUAUUGUACUAAUUCGUUUUACUUUAAAAGAAGGAGACUGUUUAAGUUAAUGCACAGAAAGACUGUUUACACCUGGUCAUUUCAUAGAAUUUAAAUAUUAGAAUUAUAUCUGGACACAAGCAAACUAUAAACAGAUACAAAUCGUAUAACUCAAACCACUUCAGAAACACUUCCAACACUUCUAUCUCAGAAAAUUAGAAUAUUAUACAAGACCAGUUGAUCUUAUUGGGCAGUGUGCCAAGUCCUGCUGGAAAAUAAAAUCUGCACCUCCAUAAAAGCAUCAGCAGAGGGGAAACCAUGCAGUGCUGUAAGAUUUGGAUUUCGUUUUCCAGCAGGACUUUGCACACUGCCAAAAGUACCAGUUGGUCUUAUAUAAUAUUCCAAUUUUCUGAGAUACUGAAUUUUGGGUUUUCUUUGGCUGUAAGACAUUCUCAUCAACAAAACAAGAAAUAAAUGAUUAAAAUAGAUCACUCUGUGUGUAAUACGUCUAUAUAAUAUAUGAGUUUCACAUUUCAAACUUAGUUAUUUAAAAUAAUGUAAUAAAUGCACUUGUAGGUGUUGGAUACUCGCCACAUGAUGUGACCAGGUGUAAACAGGGUUUAAGAUGAAUACAUGAUAUCUAAAUAUCUGAUUGGAUUACUACAGCAUUACUAGGAAUAUAUUUAUUUAAAGUUUUAAAUUAAUAAUUUUACUGACUUUUUUUGUGCAAUACCAUAAAAGAACCACUUUUGCUUCCUGAUGAAUCAAAGAACCAUUUUUGGUGGAUAAAAACAGAUCUCAGAAUGGUUCUUUAUACUAGCAUUUUAAUGGUAUUACACAAAAAAAACAAUGUUUAAUCACUUUUAAAGAUCUGAUUAUUUGGAGAAAAAAAAUGCUAAACAAGUUUAAAACCUACAAAUCACUGUCCAAAAAACAAAAUCUUAUAUACUAUUUUUUUUGCAUUGUUUGGAACCGGCAGCUUUUUCUUGUAUACCUUUACAUUGUGUGAACCCUCCAUGAUAAACGGACCAAUAGAAUUGCGCCAAAUGGGUUAGAAUGAAAUGCUGUUACACUGACUUUCAUUAAAAGCUAAGAAAUGUUUUGGCAUCUCUUUAUAAUAAGUGUUACACAUUACACAUGUAGUUACACAUUAACAGUUAUGGAAUAUCAUACUAUGUAACCACACACUCUGUACCACAAAACGGUACAGAAUUAUUAUAUUUGUACCGGUUAUGUAACUGGAUGUGUGUUUAUAGUCAUUUUUUUACAAUUUGUGUUUUAAUAGGGCAAGUGAAAUUACAUGUCAUAAUUUGUGUAAAUUAUCACAUGUGAUAAUGUGUUUGGAAUAUGUGAAUAUAUUUAUAUUUCUCCAGGUAUUGUCUGGUAAUUAGUAAUUUAAUUACUAUUUAUGUGUAACUCGUUUUACAUUUAUGGCCUUUAGCGGAUUCUUUUAUCCGGAGUGAAGUUGGAGGUGGACCAAUGUAGUGUUAGGAGUCUUGCCCAAGGACUUAUUGGUGUAGCACAGCAUAGUCACCCAGACCUGGAAUUGAACCCCAGUCUCCUACAUGGUAGCUCAGUGGCAGGUGGUGGUGUUAUCCACUGCACCACAUCAAAUACACCAGUUUUCCAACAUUUCCAAUAUCAUUAAUUAGAUUAAUUUAAGGACAGUAGGACAAAAUAUUAAUCUAUGUCUAACUGGCACUGAUAUACAUGUAAUUACAUAACCUGUACAACUGCAAUUAAUCUUUUAUCAUUAUUAUUACAUGGUUGUUAAUGUGUAACCACACAGGUAUUAGAGACACUUAUUACAAAGUAGGACUAAAGUUUUUCCUUCUUCUGUUAAGUCGAUGUUUUGGAGAUGUGCUUUGUUUCUUGGAUAGUGAUUAUUGAUUUACACUGACAUGCCAAGUGUAAUGGAAUGGUAAAUAAUAUUCCCAUGACUUUUGACCUGUCCAAAACUACUCCGAACUGUGGGAUAUGUGUGUGGGGUCUUCUGAAUCGAAUGUGAAUGUGAUUUCUGCUGGAGUCAAUUUAAGUCUGUUUGAAUGGACAUUUUUUUUUAUUUAUUAAUUUGUGGGCAUUUUCAAAGCAUUAUUUUACAUAAUGCUAUCCCCUGACUUUUGGCAUGUCAGUGUAAAACCUGUGGUUUUGUGUUUUUUUAGAGUUCGUCCAAAACCUAAACUCUAAAACUGUUCAAUUUAAUUGCCCCCCACCACUGCACCCCAGUGUGCCCCUGAUUCUGCUGCUGAACCUCAGUCCUCAUUUCUUUCUGCUGACAGAAUGUAGAGCUGCAGCUCGUAGGGAUUCGUAUGGUUUGCGAAGCCUGAUUUUCUGAGGUACAUUCUCACAGACACACUUAACGUUCUGAAGAAAGGAUUAUAAAAACCUGACUGGGGCCUCAGUCGGCCUCGGCUCCUCUGUAUCACAUAAUUCAGUUCUUCUUGUUCUGCUCAUAAUGCGUACAUGCAUUUGUUUCUUAUCUCUGUUUUUAUUUAUACACAUUAGAGAUGCUAAUAAAUUUUAUUUUUAAAAUUG